AUGGCUCACUCCUAUGCCCCCCUGAUUUCAUCUCCCCUAGCCAACUCUGGACCAAGGCCGCCUGCAGGCAUCAUAUUUGGUGCCGCCGCAUGCACCCCAAAAACUUGCAUAUUCAUCAACCUUUCAGAAGCCCGGAACUCUCCCCACUACACUUCCAGCGCCUCCCACCAAUACCGCUUCACCCAAAAUGGAAUUGCGCUCUUCGCUGUCAACGGCACCAACUUCCACAUCAAGCCAAUCUCUGAGGAUGAUGAAGAUGACGACGAUACUUUCUGA